AUGAACCUUGAAGCAGCAACAACAAAAGCAGGAGAGCAGAUAGUAACCAGAAAGUACGAUCAGCGAACAAAAGAUUGGGACGUGAAAAUUAUCACAGUCAAGAAAAAGUUUGAGUACAUUCCAAUGAUGAUGGUGAAGAUUUUUAACAUGAGAAAAAAAAGAUACUGAUAUUGUUACGAGGCAGGUGUCUUUGAAUGAAAGCGACCCUGCUUUGCUGGCUUUCACCAUCGCUGACAAAUAG